AUGAAAAUCACAUUUUUCUAUGCUGCCUUGUUCUUACUGGAUUUCUUCACUUUCUUUCAUGCUUAUCUGCAAUAUCCCUUGCCUGACAUAGAAGAUGCAAAGUUCAUUGAAGAUUGUGUGAGAGCUCACAAGACAUUUUGAUCCAAAGUGAAUCCACCAGCCAGCAAUGUGCUUUGCAUAUCCUGGGACACUGCUUUAGCUAAGACUGACAAAGCAUGGGAAAAGAAGUGCAAGUUUGACCACAAUAUUUACCUUAAAAUUUCAGGAAAAAUGCACCCUUUCCCACUUGUUGGAGAAAAUAUCUGGACUGGCACAGUCCGCAUCUUCUCUGUGGAUGCAGCUCUCAGGUCCUGGUUUAAUGAAGUCACCAGCUAUGAUAUAUGCACUGACAAGUGUGUGCAUUACGUACUUCCCUUUGUCCUGCAGGUCAUCUGGGCAGGGAGCUACAAAGUUGGCUGUGCAGCUCACUUCUGCAAUACAGUUGAAAAUUUUCCAGGACUGUUCAAAGCAGCACAUUUUGUUGGUAACUAUGGGCCACCGGUGAAUUACCCAAGAAAACCAUAUAAAGGACAGCCAUGCAGUAGAUGGAGUAAUGAGAAGUGCAUAGACAAGCUCUGUGAAAACACACAACAUGAGAAGCUGGUAAGGUAUGCCAGCUGGUAUCUGGACUGGGAUACACAGCUCCCACCACGGCCCCAUCGCCCCAGGCCUGCUGUCCCACCUGCUGAGCAUUCACGACCCUCUUGUGACCAAUACUGUCUUAGUGUUUUAAGUCGCUGGCUCUGCGGGGGCAGAACCGACAGCGGCACUUUUCCCGGCGGCGUGUCCCUGCGCUGCGCUGUGCAAGCGAGUAAGAGCAGAAGCAGGGGCGCCGGAGUCUCAAACAGCACACUCGGCCCUCGGGGCGCUGCCCCGUCCGACCCGGAGCGGCCGCGGCUCCCUCCCCGCUCCCCUGGGGCGUGCGCAGCGCCGGCACCGCGGCCCCUCCGCCCCGGCCCGCCCGCCGGGGAGGGCAGGCCGCGCCCCGCCGCCCUCAGCCGAACCGCGGGCUCCGCGGAGGCGACCCCGGGCAGGGCGGGGCGUUCCAGCACCGCGGGCUCGGGACCGUCGGGGUCUCCCGGGAUACCCCUAGAGCCGCCGUGGUGA